UGGCUCAUUUACAAACCCAUUUUCGAUCAUUUAUAUGAUGGUCGUCAAAAGUUGCGAAUUGUUUUUUCAAUUUUCCAAUUCAAAAUACGGCUCUUAUGUGACGUGUACAAAAUACCAAAGAAAUCUUGUCAAAUUUAUUACAUUUUUAUCACUCAUUCUGUUGAUAUUUUUAUUCGAAUGUCAUCAUAUCGAUGCCUAUUUACAACAAAAAGAUGAAACAACAUUAGAUUCGUGUCAACGAUGUAAAUUAUUGGUCAAAUCUUUUAAAAAGGGUCUGAAACAUACAGCUCGUGGAAAACAUGAAGGUGGUGAUGCUCAUUGGGAGGAAAAUAAAUUGAAUAAUUAUGCUGAUAGUGAAAUACGAUUGACCGAAAUACAAGAAAAUCUUUGCAAUGAUGUGAAAUCGGGAAAAGAUCAAUGCCAUAGUUUUGCUGAACAUUAUGAAAGUGAAAUUGAAGAUUGGUUUUUAAAGAAUCGCAAACAAGAACGAAAAGAUCAUUUGGAAGAGGGUAGCACAUUGUAUGAAUAUUUAUGCAAUCAAAUUAGUCAAGCUUGUUGCCCAGAUGGACAUUUUGGUGCCGAUUGUCAACCAUGUCAUGGAUAUCCGAAUAAUGUUUGCUAUAAUCGUGGAUAUUGUUCAGGUAAUGGCACAAGAAAAGGUCAAGGAAAUUGUAUCUGUCAUAUUGGAUUCGAUGGUGAAUUCUGUGAAAAAUGUUCAUCAAAUUAUUUAGCUAUUGGCAUUAUUGAAAUGAAUUAUGAGGAAAAAAUUCAAAACAUUCCUGAACAAUGCAUUCGUUGUGAUCAAUCAUGUGCCUCAUCAUGUCAUUCACUUGGACCACAAGGCUGUCAUGUUUGUCGUACUGGAUAUUUUCGUGAUAAUGAUAAAGGAUGUAUCGAUAUCGAUGAAUGUAAUGUAUCCGAUGUUGAAUUGAAUCCGUGCAAAUUUCAAACAUAUUGUAUGAAUACACAAGGCUCAUAUAAAUGUUAUCCUUGCCAUGAAUCCUGUGAAGGCUGUACUGGACAUGGAUCCAAUUCGUGCAUCAAAUGUUCAUCUGGUUAUAAAAGAUCUGUGAUCAAUAAUGAUUGUAUCCGAAAUGAUCAAUACAGUAUUGGACAAUUAUGGAAACGAUACGUUAAAUACAUACGAUAUGUUUUUUAUUUAAUUGCAAUGAUCAUCAUUUUCAUCGUUGCUUCACGUAACAACAUAUUAUUGGCCGCAUGUUUUUCAUUAAUCACUUCGAUUAUUAUAACAUUUAUUGAAAAACCUGAUUUACUUUAUGAUUAUUUGUAACAAAUUGAAUUGAAUGAACGAUGUAAAAUACGAUAAUAGAAUUGUUAAAAAAUUGAUAAUUUUUACAUGAUCAUGAUUAUUUUGUCCAGCUAACUUUUGGUAUAUCAUAAUGUUCACU